GGACUUCCGGCUUGCGAGGCGGAGCUAAAACAUCAGCGAAGAAGAAGAAGAAAAGCGUCCUGCGGCAGUGAACUGAUGACUGCAGUGUAACAAAGAGAGGGAAAAAAAACCCUGCUAACUCUGACACCUGCCUCUCUCCCUGGCAGCAUCUGACAUGUUACUCCAAAGUCCCCACUGACCAGAACUCGCCGUCCCCAGACCUGCUGUGACAGGACAGCAGGACACACAUCAGGUUUGUCAUGGCUGCUCGACAGCAGAGACCAGCAACAGACGGCUCAGCUGAGGCCAAAAGGACGGAUAUGAGGGCCACUGAAAAGAAGUGCUCUUGGGCUUCCUACAUGACCAACUCUCCCACUGUGAUCGUGAUGAUCGGGUUGCCCGCUCGGGGAAAAACCUACAUGUCCAAGAAGCUGACACGCUACCUCAACUGGAUUGGAGUGCCAACGAAGGUAUUUAAUCUUGGAGUUUAUAGGAGAGAAGCAGUAAAGUCAUACAAGUCCUAUGACUUCUUCAGACAUGACAAUAAAGAAGCGAUGGAAAUUAGAAAACAGUGUGCCCUGGUGGCACUUCAGGAUGUCAAGGCCUAUCUGAAUGAGGAGGGAGGUCAGAUCGCUGUCUUUGAUGCCACCAACACCACCAGAGAGAGGAGAGAACUCAUCCUUAAUUUUGCAAAGGAUAAUGCAUACAAGGUAUUUUUUGUCGAAUCAAUAUGUGACGACCCAGACGUCAUCGCUGAAAAUAUUCUGGAUGUGAAGGUUUCCAGCCCAGAUUAUCCUGAGAGAGACAGAGAAACUGUCAUGGAGGACUUUCUGAAGAGAAUAGAAUGUUAUAAAGUGACCUACCAGCCUUUAGAUCCAGAUGAACACGACAAGAACCUGUCCUUCAUUCAGGUCAUCAACGUUGGCCGUCGUUUCUUGGUCAACCGGGUGCAGGACUACAUCCAAAGCAAAAUAGUCUACUACCUCAUGAACAUCAGCGUCCACUCCCACUCCAUAUACCUCUGUCGCCAUGGAGAGAGCCAUCACAAUCAGGAAGGACGCAUCGGGGGCGACUCAGAACUGUCAGAGAGAGGGAAACAGUUUGCAGCAGAAUUGAAGGGUUUUGUGGAAGAGCACCGACUGACGGACCUGAAGGUUUGGACCAGCCAGCUGAGACGUACCAUUCAGACAGCAGAGGAGCUGGGCGUCCCCUACGAGCAGUGGAAGAUCCUUAAUGAAAUAGAUGCUGGAGUGUGUGAAGAGAUGACGUAUGAGAUGAUCAAGGAAAAUUACCCAGAGGAGUUUGCCAUGAGAGACCAGGACAAGUAUCACUACCGCUACCCUGGAGGAGAGUCCUACCAGGACCUGGUCCAGCGGCUGGAGCCAGUCAUCAUGGAGCUGGAGCGGCAGGGCAACGUUCUGGUCAUCUGUCAUCAGGCUGUCAUGCGCUGCCUACUCGCUUAUUUCCUGGACAAGGGCGCAGAUGAUCUACCAUACAUGAAGUGUCCCCUGCACUCGAUCCUAAAGCUCACCCCUGUGGCUUAUGGUUGUAAAGUGGACAUGUUUGACCUGAAGGUGGAGGCUGUCAACACUCACAGGAACAGACCGUUUAAUAAAGCCCGACCGGAUGCUGUGCCACCAGCUUUCCUCCGAAGGAACAGUUUCACUCCUCUGUCCAGCCAAGACCAGAUUAAACGGCCUCGCCUGUACAGCGUCGGCAACCCUCCGCAUGCUCGCAUGUCGCAGGCCCCCACUUUACCCAGCAUGCAAUUCUCUGAGGCGUGUGAGGGGACAGAAUUGCUACAAGGCGAGGACACUCUGAACGGCUUCAGUGCUGCAGACACGGAUGAGUGUGUUCGGGGUGUAACAGAAAGCACAUGAAGAGAUAUUUUCGGUAGCUUCUUCUCAUCUGUCACAUGGAACAUCUGUACUCUUCAGUCACUCCUACAUUUUGUUAUUUAACUCAUGCUUUCCUCCACGUGAGUUAUCACCAGCUGUGACGACCAGCAGUAAAGCCAUGAAUUCUUAAGCCCUUUAUUACACAUUGUGUCUGUGUAACCGUUUGUAUGUUUAAUCUCUUUGGUUUUAGCUCAUACUUGUAGUCUGGACUGUGAUCCAUGUCAGAUAUACAAAUCAAGGAUUUGUAGUAAAGAAACCUUUCCAUUAGUUGCCAGCACAUUCCAUAUUCUGUAGAUUACAGUCUUAUGGUUCUGCAUUAAAUGUAGAAUGUGAUUAUGAGUCAUAUACCUCGCUGGAAGGUGUAGCUUUCAGUUUUAGUAGAAGAGAGUGCCUCUCUUGAAGGAAGCCUUAAUUUGUCCUCAGAUUGUUUCUUUAUCUGUCCUAUUUAAACAUUCCCAGGUAAUGUGCAUCCUUCCUCUGAUGAUCUGACAAGAUGUAGCAAUUAUUUUAUUCUGAAGUUUAAUUUAAGCUUGCAAAAUUGCAAUUUAGCUUGGCAGACACAAGCUGUAAAAAUGAAUGAAGUGUUUUGUCUCGCCCUAAAAAAAAGUGCAUUAGCUACUGAGUCUCUGCUUUUGUCUGGAACAGUAAUUCCACUUGUCUCUAAGAUGCCUACUUGUGUGGCUUGUCCUCCGCUUAAAUAACGGCUUUAAUAUAUUCCGCCUUAAACUGUGAUCAUAUAAAGUUGAUUACGUUUGAAUCCCACAAAAUUGAUGCAAAUAUGUAAAGUGCUAAAAUGUUCAAGAGUAUUGGAUGUUUUGUUGAGUUUUAAUGCUUUAGUUUUUAAAUUAAAAGCAAAUCAGUGCUACUGUAGUGCUGCAUUCAUACAAUCCAUGUAGGGAAGUGCAAAAGUGCCUUUAUUUGAUCAAAACACUUCAGAUAUUUAGCCAAAGUAUGUAACCUUUGAACUAAAGGAUUGGCUUUAAAAAGCUUCAGUGUUACUGUGCACUUAUUUCACUGAAUAAACUUAAUGUCACACUG